AUGGAAGACAAACUUAACGGGAAGAUGAGCGCCUCUUCGAUUGCUGAUUCAGCUGAAGCGAGAGUAAGAGAACUGAUUGAUCCUGGCUUCAGCAGGUCCACCAAACUGCCUGUGCGUAAUUUGGAAACCCCAGGCGCUUUAGUUCACGGGUUGAAUUUAAGUGGAGACUGCGCAGUUUAUAAAGACUGUAAUGUUAUUGAUGCUUCAGCUUCUGGAAAGCAGUUUUAUGACAGCGACUAUUUAAAGUCUGAUAGUGUUCCCUGGGAAGAUUUUGUUAAAACUCAGAGCACCGGUUCAUCUAUAUCGGAAAGUUUGCCAGGAGUAAAUCUAAGCCUGUCCUCAGCUUCUGGGGCUUGUAAGUUCAUUAAAGACGAAAAGGAGCCCUCUGUGAUAAUGGACACCCCCUGUCCGAGGUUUGACGCAUCACCAGAGAUCCCUGCAUUAGACACCUGCUGCGAAAUCGACAGCAAACACCAGCAGGGGCUGGAGGUGGUUCCUCGACCACGGCUGGAGGGCUCUCCAAACUGUCUGUUGGAGUUAAAGCAGCCAGAGCAGCUUGGGAACCUCGGAAGGACCGAGUCCAGGUGCGCUCUGUCCGCCCACUCAUCACCAAACACCAUGUACAAGACUGAAGCUUCACGGUGGGAGAUCCAAACCUCUACAUCUGAAUCCCAGUACUGGCUCCACUCGACAGGUAUGACUGAGACAGACGCCUUUACAGCCAACAACUACGAUGGGAUCCAGAACCACACCCAGACUCAGAGGAACCCUUCACCUUUCUCCUCUUUCCCUGGGAUGCAACCACAGAGAAUGUGCGUUAUCUGUGGGGAUGAAGCAUCUGGCUGCCAUUAUGGAGUCUUAACAUGUGGGAGCUGUAAGGUCUUUUUCAAAAGAGCAGUGGAAGGCCAUCACAGCUAUCUCUGUGCCGGGCGAAAUGACUGCAUUGUGGACAAAAUUCGGAGGAAGAAUUGCCCCGCAUGUCGCCUCAGAAAGUGUUAUCAAGCAGGAAUGAUGCUUGGAGGAAGGAAGCUGAAGCGCUUUGGAGCCUUGAAGGCCUUAGGCUUGGCCCCGUCCCUGAUGUUCCAGUCCCAUUUGUCCAUGUCUGGGGAUAGCCAGGCCUUGACCUCCAUGUCUUGUGUACCAAGUAUCCACGAGAUUCAGAUGUCCCAACAAAUAAUCAGCAUUCUGGAAAACAUCGAACCCGAGAUUGUGUACUCAGGUUAUGACAACUCACAACCCGAAGUUCCCCAUCUUCUGCUCAACAGUCUCAACAGGCUGUGUGAGAAACAGCUGCUGUGGAUUGUCAAGUGGUCCAAGUCCCUGCCAGGUUUUCGCAAUCUGCACAUCAAUGAUCAGAUGACUCUAAUCCAGUACUCAUGGAUGAACCUGAUGGUGUUCUCUCUCGGUUGGCGUUCUUUUCAGAAUGUCACCAGCGAAUAUCUAUACUUUGCACCUGAUCUGGUUCUUAGCCAGGAGCAGAUGAGGAGAUCUCCCAUUUAUGACCUGUGCUUGGCGAUCCAGUUUAUCCCUCAAGAGUUUGCCAACCUACAAGUGACCCGAGAGGAGUUCCUGUGCAUGAAAGCCAUAAUAUUACUGAACACAGUUCCUCUUGAAGGUCUGAAAAGUCAGGCUGCAUUUGAGGAAAUGAGACAAAACUACAUAAGAGAGCUUUCCAGAGCCAUCCACAUGAAGGAGAAGGGCGUGGUGGCCAGCUCGCAGCGAUUCUACCACCUUACCAAACUGAUGGACGCUAUGCAUGAUAUAGUAAAGAAGGUCAACCUAUUCUGUCUGAGCACCUUCAUCCAGGCGGACGCCAUGAAAGUGCAGUUUCCAGAGAUGAUGUCAGAGGUCAUCGCCUCUCAACUACCAAAGGUGUUGGCUGGCAUGGUGAAACCACUGCUGUUCCACACAAAGCAGUAA